CUUAAAGUGACUUAAAAAAUAAAAAUCGAAAGUUUCUCCGUUCUCCCCCCCAAAAGCACAAUCGAAUCGAAUUCGAAUCUGCCCCUACCACCUAGGUCGCUUCUGUCGUUCCCUUCUCGUUUCUUUCGCCUUCGGGGACUAAGACGAUGGCGAGAACCAAGCAUCAAGCUGCUCGGAGUCAAUCUCGGAAGCAACCCGGAAAGAAGACUCCGCGGCCGUCCUCCUCGCCGCCGCCGUCGUCGUCUUCUUUCCUGUCCAAUUUAAGACUCCCAGACCAAGCAGAUCACCUAGGAGAGCAGCAGCAGCAGGAGGAGGAGGAGAAGAAGCUGGUUCACAAAGUCGCCCGCAGAGGAAGCCUCGUCGAUUGAGGCCUGGAACGCGAGCUCUGCGAGAAAUUCGUUUUUAUCAGAAGACUACUGGUUUCGUGAUCCCUGUUUCUAACUUUACUCGACUGGUAAGACAAGUCACCCAAGAGUUUAGCCAGGAAGUAAACCGUUGGCAAGCUGAAGGACUCGUGGCUCUUCAAGAGGCAGCAGAGGAUUUCUUGGUUCACUUGUUUGAAGAUGGUAUGCUGUGUGCAGUUCAUGCUAAACGUGUUACAUUGAUGAAGAAGGAUCUCGAUUUGGCCCGCCGGAUUGGAGGGAGAGGGCAGCCUUGGUGAGCGAGACUUGACGACUUUUGAAGAACCCAGUACAGCCAAAGCUUUGUAAUGCUCCGUAGCUGGGUGGGUUAUUCUCUUCAACCAUGCCCAGAACUCUUAGGAUUUUAUGUGUAACGCUGAGUUCAGCCGUUAGGAAGCCGUAGUGUAGAUUGUAUGUCAACUUAGUAGGUGGCUAAGAGUCAAUUGUGAAGGUGUCAUGCUGACAAGUUAAGUUAGGACUCAAGAUUUCUGUUAAUGGCUCUGCUUAAUUAGGUUGCAAGGGAGUGCACAAAAUAGCCAAUUGAUUUGACAUUGAGUUGUAUUAAAGAGUUUGACGAGACACUUCCUUAUUCGCCUGUAUUGAAGUAUAUUGAAUAGUUUCAGAUUCUUUGGAAAUGCAGUGCAAUUGAUAGCUGCUAGCUAGUAUUCCUUUUCUAUUUUCAAUUUAUGGGUGC